GAGAGAGAGAGAGAAAGAGAGAGAGAGCGAGAGCGAGCGCCGCUGACAGCCUUUUCGCGCGGCUCUCAUCCAGACUCAGUGCUCGCUACGGGAGACGGACGGAGAGGCGGCGCGAGGAGACCAAACUUGCGGCGGACACACCACGAGAUCGACGUUUAAAGGGCGUUGAGACGUCCCUCGGCGGGGAACACACCGAACCAGGCGGCGGGGCGGGAGCGCGGCGACGGGAGGAACCGGAAGACGCUCGGGGAGAUCGAGUUCGAUACCAGACGAGGAGGUGAAGAGAAGAAGAGAGGAGCGAAGGGAGCGCGAGAGAGCGAAGAGAGAACAGCGAGUGACUGACACUUCAGCCUCCAGCUCUGCGUGAAGGGCACGUGAUGAAGGAGUGAGAGGAGGAGGGAGGAAGACAAGGAGUGGGCUUUUGCACUGAGCGAGAAACACUUCGAGGAGGAGAAUGAAGACAAGCGGAAAACCUGCCCUGCCUCGCAGCGAGCCCCGUUCAAGUUAGGACAUCUCCACUCCAGACGCCAUGAUCACCCGGAACCUGCUGCUGCUGGUGCUGCUCUGCCUCUCGGAUGGCCUCUCCACCGGAGCCUCAGCCAAUAGGAGUCUGAGAAGGCGAGGAGUGGGCGGGCCCCACGCGGCCAACCACGCGGCCAACCAAUGGGACACGACCGCAGACACCAACGGGAUGCCUGUCGUGACUCUUAGGAAUUUGAUUGGACGCGAUCAGGAGGCCGAGGGCGGACCCAUUUCGUACGCGAAGAUGUUGCAGAGCCACGCGGCGGCCUCAUUGGCCAACAAGGAGAAGCUGGGUUCAAAGCCCAAGCGAGAGGUCGGGUUUGUCAAUAAACAGGAAGGCACUUACGCGCCAGGCAAUAACAGGGAGCUAAUCCCGGCGAGAAACAUUACCAAGAACGACGAGACGAUCACUAAAACAGGGAAAGUGGAAAAGGCCUUUGUGAUCCGCUAUAAAAGUGAUCUGCACUCCAAUAAAACCCGGUUCCGACCCGGGGCGCGACCCAGGAGCAGACCGGAUCCCGGCGACCACACGACCACAGGUGUGCCGGCGAAGGGGUUCAGCGGGGACACGAGCAGGAGGUUAAACCUCACCGGGAGUUACGGCGUGCUGAAACUCCUGUCCAAGGAGAACCUGGUGAGAAUCGUCAACUCCCAGCUGCAGAGUUUCCAGGGCAAGGGCAGCCGCAGCAGGAAGAGAGACUUGAUUGACGUUAAUAGCAGCCACUCGGAGGCCGGCCGGGCCCAGAGACAAGAUAUAACUGCCACUCAAAGUCACCCGGGAUUGGAUAAUCAAACCGUGCUUCCUAAUGUGAGCCCGGUCACUAAUCUAGACCCCAACGCUAAUCACAGUGUUUACCCACGGCCGCAUCCUUUCAGCCAGACCGUUUCAUCUCCCACCAAGGGGAAGGACAAACGGGCGAUGGCGCCGUCAGAGGGCGGCGGCGACGAAGGCUCCAGGUGGAGAGAAGUCCCUCGCUCGCUCGCCGCGCCACAGAGCGAGGUCGGCGGCGGCAAGGAGAAGCAGGCGGUCGCCAGUCAAACGCAGGCCCCCUUGACGCCCUCCCCCAAACACCUCCCCCAGCACGUCCCCCCCCAGGCCAACGGAUCCCCCUCCUUGGCGCUCCCCCCGCAGCCCCCCAGGGUGAAGCUGGGCGGCGCGCCGGGAGACUCCCAGGGAGAGCAGACAGACACGGAGGCGGUCCUCUCCCCCGACACGGAGCCCAGCACGUCCCGGUUCCCCUCCCCGGGCCGGGAGCCCAAAGCCCACCAAAAUAGCAGCCACAUCCUGAGGCUGCGUCCGGAUCCGGAGACACGGGCCCGGGAGAGCGAGGGCGGCGGCGUCACGGCUGUCAAUCCCGGCGCGGGGAGCCCGGGGGGGCUGGUGUUUGAGGAGGCCGAGUCAGACGAAGAGGGGGAAGAGGAGGAGGAAGAGGAGCCGCGGGGAGGCGAGGAGGAGGAGGAGGAGGAGGAGGAGGAGGAGGAGAAGAAGGAGGUGCGGGGUCCCCGGUCUCGCAGCAGGCGGAGCUGGAUCUGGAACCAGUUCUUUGUGAUCGAAGAGUACGCCGGACCAGAGCCGGUGCUGAUUGGACGGCUCCACACGGACAUGGACCGGAAGGACGGUCGUACCAAGUACGUGCUGAGGGGCGAGGGUGCCGGCUCCGUGUUCGUGAUCGACGAGAAGACGGGCAACAUCCACGUCACCAAGCCGCUGGACCGCGAGGAGAAGGAUGAGUACCGCCUCAUCGCCACGGCGACGGACCGGCAGACGGAGCGCGCCCUGGAGCCCUCCUCGCAGUUCAUCAUCCGCGUGCAGGACAUCAACGACAACCCGCCCGUGUUCGACGACGGGCCCUACAGCGCCACCGUGCCCGAGAUGGCCAACAUAGGUACUUCUAUAAUCCAGGUGACAGCAACAGAUGCGGACGAUCCGACCUAUGGGAACAGCGCAAGGCUGGUGUACACACUGGUGCAGGGCCAGCAGUACUUCUCUGUGGAUCCCCAGACAGGGACCCUGCGUACGGCUGUACCGGACCUGGACCGGGAGUCCCAGGACCAGUUCCUGGUGGUCCUGCAGGCUAAAGACAUGGGGGGACACCUAGGGGGUCUGUCCGGGACCGCCACCGUCACCAUCAGGCUGACUGACGUCAACGACAACCCCCCGCGCUUCACACAGAGUGAGUGGCGCGCCCCGCCCCUUUUCAAUGACCGCACCAGUGCCAGUGACCACGCCCACUUUCGUAACCGCACCCACCCAACACCGCGAUAGGUUGUUUGUUCCUAAGAACACGCGUGGAGACGGUUUUGGAAGGAGAUAUGUGA